AUGGCUCAAGCAUCGCCCAUCUUUACCCCAGACAGCGAAUUCGCUGAUCUGGAAACCUCUCGGGACCCCACGAAUGGGAGUCUUUCCAUAACGGCGCUGGCUCGAUUCGAGUUCGAGGCUGGUAGAGGUAAUGAUGGCACUAAAAUUUUGAUGGUCGAGUGGGAAGAUGACGAUCACACCCGGUCCGCGGCGGAGGGGUCGUGGCAUGUUUCAUGGGCUGGAAAAACAGCUGUGAUGCCCGCCGACGAUAGACCGAGUGACAGCCUACGUCGUUGCUACUUUUUGCUUCCGCCUAAUAGUACCAUCCCGCCUGUUGUCACGCUGUCAUACGAACCCCUGUCCGCAGGUCCAAAAUCGAGUGAUGUCACUGCGAUUCCCUCAAACAAAACAGCAAAGUCAAAAGACACUUUCCAGCUCAAUCCUCUCCCCGCCAUAUUUCCCCCUGGAUUGGGAGCCACAGGUCGCGCAGCCGGCAAGAAGGGUGUGUUGCAUAGUAUCUGGGCGAAGAAGCGGCUGCGCAUUCUUGAAAAGGAGAUUGCAGAGGAGUCGCGCAACAAUGUGGAAGGAAUUGCGCUGUCCAUGGCAAUCGACGAGAAGGACUGGAUUGAGUUGAACUUUGGAGUGACUCUGCGCUCGGCCGAUGCAUCGAAUAGCUACGCCCCCACCUCGUCUUCCAUAGAUCCAGUCGGGCUAGCCACUCCCGUGUCACCCGUCAGUGGAAGAAAGUUGAGUGACAAGCUCAAGGGACUCAAGCUGCAAACAAGCGAGAAAGAUUUGGCGACAAAUAAUGAUGGUGGCUCAGGUCCCAAUAUCGAUGACCUUCUCUCCCCGCAAUCUCCUGAUGUUGCUGUCUCCUCCUUCAGCUCAUUCCAUAACGUCGCCCAUAAGCAUAUUCAUUCCAUGCCCACUCCAGACUCAUACACCAAACCCCCCGGCCCGGAAUCUCUCAGACCAGUUGCCCUUUUCCCGCCUUCGUCUCUACAGGAAGCCCAGCAGGGAAAUGAGCAUGAGCCUACCGGGUUUGCAGCAAUGGGCUCAUUCUCGCGCAUCCCGAGCAAUGAUUCCGGCGAUGACUUGUUUGCCAAGGCACUGAGCCCGCGCUCACCAGAUCUGCCUCGCAGCCCUUUCUCGUUUGCCUAA